AUACUCGAAGUUUUCUUCCUCAUCUUUAGCCUUUCCCUAUAAAACACAAUCCUCCAUUUUCAUUUCUUCCCACAGUUUCGUCUUCAAGCUUCAAGCUUCUUCAGCAGCCUGUUCUCUUAACCAUAAAAGGUUCGAGCUCGGUUGGUUUCUCUGGGCAUUGAUUGAUUUUCUUCGCUGGGAUUUCUGGGUUUUAGCUAGAGAGAUGGAAAACAAAGUGGCUUUUGAGAGUGAUCUCAAUCUCAAGGAUACAGAGCUCAGAUUGGGGCUGCCAGGAAGGGAAGAACAAAAAUCAGUGGUUAGUUCUAAGAACAACAACAAGAGGCCUUUAUCUGAAGCUUCUGAGGAUUGUGGAACAAAGGGUUCUAAUGAAUCAGCCCCUCCAGCCAAGGCAAAGAUUGUGGGGUGGCCACCAAUCAGAUCUUACAGGAAGAACAGCUUACAGGAGGGUGACGCUUCUGGGAUUUAUGUGAAAGUGAGUAUGGAUGGCGCUCCAUACCUCAGGAAGAUUGAUUUGAAGGUUUACGAUGGCUAUCCAGAACUCCUCAAAGCUUUAGAAAACAUGUUCAAGUUAACCAUAGGUCAGUACAAUGAAAGAGAGGGUUACAAAGGGUCAGAAUUUGCACCUACAUAUGAGGACAAGGAUGGUGACUUGAUGCUUGUUGGAGAUGUUCCAUGGGACAUGUUCAGGACUUCCUGCAAAAGACUAAGAAUCAUGAAAGGAUCAGAAGCUAGAGGAUUGGGUUGUGGAGUAUGAGAAACAACCAAAGUUUCUAUUGAUCAGAGAUCAUUGAUCAGUCAGUAAGCAAGAGAGAUAAAAGUGUUUUUUGGUGUCGAAGGAAAGCAUUUCUUCAAGCCUGGGUUCUCGGGACAAACUGGGAUUUUGAGUCAUGGCCAUUUCUGGGGUUGGCCUGACCUCUGUAAGCAGAUGGAAGAUAUAUAGUGCAGUCUCUUUCAUGAAUUUUUUGGCAUCAAAAUUUCUGGCUCUAUUAGGGGAAAGAAAAGAUCUGUGGUGGUUGGGUGAUUUACUUUUGUUUUCUCUGAUCCUUUCAGAAGGGGCAACUUCAUUGAAAUCUGUUUCAAAUGAAGGAAGAUGGACAGAGUUUGAUGUGUUCAGUCAUCCAAGUUUUUUUUAUUUUUAUUUUUAUUUUCCUGUUGUUCUUAAGGUUUUUGUAUCUAUAAAAGAUUACAAUGUAAUACACCAAUUAUUAUUCGUAUGCAUAAUUUCGAUUCGUGAUUUGGAUCUGC